UAACACCAUGUUUUAUUACUGAAAAAACGACAUAGAAUCCAGAGCUGACCGGACGGCGCAGUAUUCCCGUCGCGCAUAGAUUCUCUGGCUCAUACACUCCUAACGCUACUUCCACAGCUUUAACCCAAUUCAGGUUUGUUUUACACCCUUCAAACUUUCCAUGAAGAUACACCCUUCAAACUUUCCAUGAAGACACUAGAUUUUUUUCAGUUUUACUUUAUCGAUGGCUAAUGCUUUCACUUGGGCUCAACUCACCGGUCGUCGCUCUGUUACUUGUGUUAUAGGAAAUUGUGAGUUUUGUAAAUUGCAAAUUGGGUGCAGGGCUUCUGUUAAUCAGGAAAAAGGUGCAGGCUUUGUUCCUGUUUGAUUGGAUCGAGACUUUUGGAGAGUGUUUUGGCAGCCAUGGCUGCAACCAAGACUCGGACGAGUAGCUUCUCUCGCAAUUUUUCUGGUGCAAGCUCACCUCAAAUCCCAGGACUCAAGCAUGGACCCAAUGGCACAAUGUUUGUUUCAUCCGGGAUUCCAGACCUUGACAAAAUUUUAGGGGGUGGUUUUGCUCUAGGAAGCCUAGUCAUGGUGAUGGAAGAUGCAGAAGCACCUCAUCAUAUGCUUUUGCUUAGGAAUUUCAUGUCUCAAGGACUUGUUCACAACCAACAUCUUCUCUAUGCAAGCCCAGCCAAGGAUCCAAGACAGUUUCUUGGUACUUUGCCUAGUCCAGCCGUACCCAAAGAUGAAAAGUCUAGUCAUCGAGACCCUGAUCAGGAGAAAGGGUUGAGGAUAGCUUGGCAAUAUAAGAAGUAUUUUGGUGAAAAUCAGCAGGAUGGGAAACAUGAGUUCUGCAACAACUUUGACUUGCGGAAGCCCUUGGAGAGGCAGUUUCUAACGGGCAAGCUAAUAGAAUGUGCUAGCAUACUUGAUUCUCCGAAUCUUGUCACAUUUCAUGACCGUUGUGCUACUUUUUUAUCACAAUUUCCAAGAAAUGACAGCAACAUUUCUUGUGUUGGUCGAAUUGCCAUUCAAUCAUUCUGUGCUCCACAGUGUGGAUAUUCCAACCUGGAAUGGGACAUGCUUUCCUUACUUAGAUCUCUGAAAAGCAUGCUACGAUCUUCAAAUGCAGUUGCUGUUGUGACAUUUCUGCCUAGUCUUCUUUCAUCAUCCUCCUCUACAAGAUGGCAGCACAUUGCGGAUACCUUGCUGUCAGUUAAAGCGCUUCCAGAUGAGGACAAGGAAUUGGCAACCCUCCUUACUGGUUACCAGGACAUGGUUGGCCUUCUUAAUGUGCAGAAAGUUGCACAAAUUAACACGCAGGUUCCUGUGAUUCUUGAUGCAACAACCUUCUCAAUAAAGCUGCAAAAGCGGAGGUUUUUGGUUUUAGAAUGUCUAAAUCAGGCCCCUGUCGAUGGUUCUAGUGGGAGUUCAUAUGGCACUUCUGGUAGUUGUUCUGGGUCCUCUAAGACUGGAUCUCUUGAUUUUUAGUUUUUGACAUUGUGAUAAGAGAAGAAAUUCCAACCUUUAGGGUUAAAUAUAAGUCAGCCAUCAUUUUAGAUAACUUCAUGUGUGUUUGUACCAGAUCUAAGUUUUCAGUUCUUAAUUUUGGUUUUUGAUGAAUUUGCAAUAGCAGUAGGGAUUAGAGAUAUAGCAAAAUAAUUUUAAGUGAUUAUAUAGCAAAAAACAUUAC